GAGGAAUUAUAUAUUAUUCGGAAGUACUUAGAUAACUAUUUAAUAAAUAGGUUUAUACGCCCGAACUCUUCCCCUAUAGUAGCCCUAAUUUUAUUAGUUAAAAAACCGGGCGGUGGUAUUUAUAUUAAUAUUAAUUACCGGGGUUUAAAUAAUAUUAUAGUUAAAAAUAAAUAUUUAAUCUUACUAAUCCGGAAAACGAUUAAUACCCUUAAGAAAGCGAAGUAA